UUUGGACUGUGUUAGUGUGAUGUGCAUUCGAGAGAGUUCUUUUUCGAUUUUGAAUAUCACUUCAGUCGUGUCCAUCAAUCAGUUCAACAUGUCGACAACUGGUGAAACAUCGGCUGCACAGGCGAAAAAGAAACGAUAUAAAUAUCAAACAAAAAAGCAACAAGAGGAGGAGGCCGAGGACGAAAACUUCAAUGACAAUGGCUUAUUAGCGAUAAAAAUGCGCCUCACAACAAUUGUUCGGCCGGAGUACCAUGAUGUUGUCAUACAUUGGAUCGAAAAGAAAAGUGUCAUGUCAACAAAGAUCAGCGUUUUGGCCUCAUUGCUGUUCCUUGACAAAGUGAAGUCCGCGCAAAACAAUCGCCAAUGGGACUUUUUCACGAAUAGAAUGUAUGUUAACCAAAAAGGAAAAUUGGUUGAAAAAAAUCGUGCCGAAGAUGUGAUUGAGCGCUGCUUCUAUGCAGUUUUGCAAAAGAACAAAGAAAACGAGGACAUGGAACCACACAUUCGUCAUUUUGUUGAGCAAGGACUGAGCCGAGACAAUCAAUUUGCCUGGCCAAACAACAAUUAUUUCGGCAACAUCAUGAAAUCUUUAUGCCAAAGUUAUACGCGCCAAUUGAAAACGAAUCAAACGACACAUGCAAAGAAGCGGCUGCGAAAUUAUUUGCAAAUGAGAGCUUGGCAGUUUAAUGCAGUGUCAACCGGUUUGAGGUUCGAUAAAAAGGAUGUUGACAAUGCAAUUGAUUGGGCGAUUCGACGCUAUGAUGCCAUUCGAGACACACAUCAGAAUGCACCUCUUAAACGAUACAAAAGAAAGUUGCUGCUUGACAUGGUUCGUGCAAUUGUGGAAGAGGUUGGUGGACUAGCGAAUUAUGACAACAUCAAGCAGUUCUCAAAAGGCAAAUACUGGUUCAAAGCAACUGCAAUGUGGCUUGUCAUGCAAAGCGAAAUCGAUGAGUUUCACAAUUGGGCGCAAGACAACAACGUCACAAUACCGAAGAUCAAAAAUCUGUCUGUUGUUCCAUUGCCAGAUUAUCAGCGAAAGGCAGUGUUCAUGUGCAAUGAUGUUUUCUACAGAAUGUUGGCAGAAGAGAAACUCCUUCCAAAAGUCGAAGGUAAACAAGUUACCGAAACAUUCAUUCGCGAAAACAAAGAACACUUCUGGAACCAAAUAUUCGAUUUUGACAAAAUCAAUCGAAUAUUGAAGAAAAACAAAGAGUUUCAUUAUACUAUUGUUAGCAACGGUGAAUCAGUAUCGGUAUUGUAUAAAUUGUCAAAACAACAUCUUCAACGGUUGCUGGAUGAUGACAUUGUGAGAAAGCGAUACUUGGAUGGAACGUUUGUUUAUGAACUGGGAAUCGAUCCGGGUAUGAAGACAUGGAAUGCGACUGUCCGAAGAACCAUCAGUACUCGCAAAGAAGUCAACUUGAAAACAUCUAGUAAAAAGUACCAUUGGCUCACGAAAUAUAAAAUGCGCGACAAAAAGGCCAAGCGCUGGACGAAGCAGUUCACUUUGGAUGAGCAAAAUGAUCGAAACAAUCGACAGCUGUACCAGCGAAUGCCAUCACCGCUUGGUACACUUUGGACUGAUUACAUUUGCCAUCGGAUAAAAAUGCUCAAGAAAGGAAUGGACGUGUACACUACACCAAAAUAUGCGCGCUUGAAGUUUGACAAGUAUGUUGAGUCCAAUAGUACUAUAGAUAAACUUUGCGGCACUUUGGUUAAUCAUCAAGCAGCUUUGAUUCAUUUGGGCAACGCCGACAUGUCACCAAAUUCGCCAAUACGCAUUAAGAAGCAUGUGCGCUGUCCCGGUACACGCAAACUUUUGAAAGGUUUUCGAAAACGUGGCAAUUGUGUCGUGCGCAAAGUCGAUGAGUAUUUUACAUCACAGACAUGCGCAAAAUGUGGCGGACGAUUCGAUCCAAACACCAAAAGCAACCGUUUCAAAGUUUGUGAAAAUUGUGCACCGGUGCCAAAUUCAAUCAUGGCUAACUUUUUACCAUCGAAAAUCGUGGCACAGUUCAGCAAACGGCGUUUAAAGUAUAACAAAGUUUAUAUUGAAGAGAGUUUGGCGGUAUUUCUGGCUCGAGGUGAAAUGACUGAGCAUGAUUUCGACAUUAUAGCUGAUCGUUUACUGUCUAAGGUGGCCGUGUAUCCAAAAAAAUGGCAAGUAAACGCAGUGAGUGGUGUAUUGGAAUAUGCUGACGUCAAAGUCGAUCAACAACCACAUGCAGUUGAUGAUGAAAAUGCAGCGGAAAUCGAUGGAGAGGUCGCUCAACAACCGUGUGCAGUCGAUGAUGAAUGUGUGACGGAAAUCGAUGACAAGCAACAACCAAUGAUUGUGCAUCAGACAACUUGGGAUCGUGAUAUCGUGGCCGCCAAAUGCAUUCUCAUCAAAGGACAUUGUAACCUGUUUGGACUGGAUAUCCCGCUAACAUUGCAGAGACCACGUCGACAACAAGCAGUUCAAAAUAAUCAACAGCCUUAAGCAUAACCAAUCACUAUUUUAACUCGAAAAUUAAUUAAAAAUUAAUAUUGUAAUUUUGUUACACUAACUGAGACUGACUGUUGUGUCUCAGCAUUUCGAGGAAGUACUACCAAGGCUCUGUUUUUCUGUGAGUAUUUUUCAUUAUUCGAUUGCAUUUAUAUAUUCAGACGUGACAAUUGUUUUUCGCUUCGGGAAGUGCUACCAUCAAUCGCUUCGUUGUAUAAAUGCCAUUA